UUCUCCACUUGACCCAAUAAGCGGAAUUUGUCAGCGAUGGAACGUCGGUGGCAGAAGUGCGGCGGCGUGUCCAGUGAUAAACUGGAUGUCAAUUAGCGGAGAACUUUCACCGGUGAGCAGCUACACCCAGCACAAGAUAAAAGAUGGAGUGGCGCCAGCAGACCAGUGUCAGCUGUGAAGAUGCGUUCAGCGAGGCUCAGCGUUGGAUUGAGGAAGUGACUGGAAAAUCAUUUGGUUGCAACGACUUCCGUGCUGCCUUAGAGAAUGGUGUCCUGCUUUGCGACUUGAUCAACAAGUUGAAACCUGGCAUCAUUAAGAGAGUAAACAGGCUUUCUACCCCCAUUGCUGGCCUUGAUAAUGUGAGUGUAUUCCUGAAAGCCUGUAGCAAACUGGGACUGAAUGUGUCACAGCUGUUUCAUCCAGGAGACCUGCAGGACUUGUCCACUCGUGCAACACUCAGGCGAGAUGAAAGCAACAGAAGACUCAAAAAUGUUCUGAUCACAAUCUACUGGUUGGGUCGCAAGGCUCACCUGGACACAUUCUACAGUGGUCCUCUGCUUAACUUCAAGGCCUUUGAAGGACUGUUAGGGUUGGCCUUGUCAAAGUCUCUAGAUGAGGGCAGUAAUGUGUGCGUGAAAGACAGCAGUUACGGGGAGGGCUGCUACCCAGAGAGGGACGAAUGUCAGAGCAGGGGACUGAGCUAUAAGAUGGCAAACACGGGGCACAGCAUGGAUUCUCUGGACUCCCGAGCACUCCGCUCAAACAGUGAAGGUUGUGGAAGUGACGCGGAAGCUGAGCAGGUGUUCAAGAUGGAGAGCAUGCAGCCCGCAACCCAGCAAAACAAAGGUUAUAUCCCACCGCCACUCCUACGGAGAAAACAAGGCCGGAACGAGAAUGGACAGGGCUGCGCUAGUCCACUUCCCAGAGCAUAUCAAAUCCAGGUCAGACCUGAGAGACCAGUUCAGGUCAACCCUGGUUGGAUUUGGAGCAAAUCACUCAGUGACAUUCCGAUGGUAUACCCUGUGCGUAAAGUUCCUGAUGGGAACACCAAUUAUGACGUGGGGCAGGACGCUGGCAUGGCACAGGAGUGGAAUCAAGAAAACAAAAGGAGGUGUAGCGUUGCCCCCAAGGACAGUGAAGCUCAGUGGCAGGAUGACUUGACAAAGUGGAAGAACCGUCGCAGGAGCACCAAGUCUGACCUCCGCAGGAAGUCGCAAGACAGAGAGCAUGUCAUUACCAAGAUGAUCAAUGGUGCUGUGACUAAUUUUGAGAAGAAUGAAGCAGGCGGACUGCUAAAGAGAGACCAGCAGUCACCACGCAGGCAUAAUCCAGCCCCCCGUCCUUACUCCACGUCUCCUCCAUCUAAAUCAACAAGCUCUGAUCUCCGUCCACGUACUCGAGCUUUACUGGCCCGCAGCUACGCCACUGAGGCACCUUUCAGCCCCACAACUCCACUUAGCCCACAUAUCCCAGCCCACUCUCAGGGAUUAUCAGUUGGAGUCAAGCCAGCCUCUGAUGGGAACAUCUUGGGUGAGGAGACCCACUUGGCUUCCCUGGCUUCAGAUGGAGCAGGAGUUGCCACGCCUUCUCUGGACUACCCUUUCAGCUCUCAGACCCAAGUCAAAGCUCAAAUCUCCAGUCUGAUCACAACUGUACAGCCAAACGAGACCAAAAAAUCAGCCACCACCAGUGAUCCCACUGCAUCUAUGUCGAGUCACAAGGAACUUCCAUUCUGCAUUGAUCAGGCAGGAGAUGAUGCUCUGGAGGAGCACCAGAACCACAAGUCCCAGGAAGAGAGCCAGAAGACCUCUUGGAAACCAGCUGUGGAGCAAGGCAGAGGCCAGCAGGCUUCAGGCUACAAGUACUUGUCCAGAACUGGGUCGUGGUCUGGCUCAGCCAGCCUUCCUCGUGGUUACCGGAGGUCCGAGGGCUCAUCCCGUCUCUCUGCUGCAAUCACAGCCAGACCCUUCGGGACCAAGCAGUUCAGGGUGUCUUCACUGCCGAGGCUGUGCAAUGUGGACGACAACCAGGGUCUGCUGUUGAAAAGUGACAAAGAGGAAUCCCUUUCUCCAUUCCCCGAAUCAAAGCAGAAUGGGACAGAACAGGGGGAGGAGGUGAAAGGUGCCACUCUUUCCAGCCAGACCUCACUUCAGAUCAAUGGCUGUCAUCAGCCCUACACCCAAACCCAGCUACUGCCGCAACCUUAUUCAAACCAGCAGGCCCACCACAACAAAAGCUCGACUUUCACCUCUGAUGCGAGCAUUGACCGCCCAAAGGUGGAUCACAGUGACAUGAGAGUGAGCCUUACUCUUAAACCCAGCAGUAGACUAGACUUUGGUUUCCAGACUCGCUGGGGCUCCGCAGGGGUGACAGUCAAAUCCAUUCAACCUGGCAGUCCAGCAGAGCUUUGCCAGCUGCGUGUGGACGAUGAGAUUGUGGCGGUUAAUGGAGUAGCGGUGGCACACAUGAACUACAGCCAGUGGAAGGAUAAAAUUACAUCUUCCCUUCAAACCGGCAGUCUGACCAUGGACAUUCGGCGCUAUGGCAACAAGGAUUGGAGCACCAGUGAGGGGAUUCAGCACAACCAGCCAGGCCAGAGCAGGAUGACCCUCAAUCUGACUGCCGCAGUGCCCGUUCUGAUAGGUUGCGCUGAUCACCAUGCCAACAGUGGUCCCUCUACAGAAACCACAGUCAGAAAUGUGUCCAAAUUCAAUGGGCAGACAGACAAUGUUGUACAAGGUAAAGUCAUGCCUGGAGCGCUUGCUGACAACCACAGGACAGCCAGAAGUAAAGGAGGUUCAGAAUCUGCAAUAUCUGAUCUCCAGGUGCCAUCCCUCAGCCCCUCCUCAUCCAGCUGGUCGUGGGACCGUGAGGAGGAUCGAAGGCGGCAGGAGAAGUGGCAGGAAGAACAAGAGCGCCUCCUACAGGAGCAAUACCAGCGGGAUCAGGAGAGGCUGGAGGCAGAGUGGCAGAGGGCACAACAAGAUGCGGUGGGGGAGUUAUGCAGGAAGUCAGUGCAGAACACCUCUGUGCUGACCAAUGGUGGUGAGGGCCCUGCCAGUACCCAGUUCCAUGUGAAUGGAUUGAUUAACAAAACUAGAGCAAAGGAGCAGAGACCUGACAGAGAUGAGCUUAAGGAAGUGGGACUAAAAUCUGAAAGUAAUGCACAAGGAGUGCAGAAUGACAAGAUUUCUGAACAGGCCUGGGCUGAGGACUCCUGUGGCUUUGCUAGGCUGUCUCCUACACACAGGGCAAAAUCCUUGUCUACCCCAGCAUUAGCUGGCCCCCACAAACAGAUUAGAGGUGAUGAGAGAAGAAAAGGACAAUCUGUGUCUAAGGUUGAGCAUGAAAGGCAGCAGAUUUUGGAGGAGAUGAAGAAAAGGACUCAGCUUCUCACCGACAACAGCUGGAUACGUCAGCGCAGCAGCAGCUUUUACAAGGAACCGAUCUAUGCUGGGGUUCCUCUGAAGAGGCAUGAGUCUCUAGAUGACCUGGAUACUUUGCGUCAGUCCCCAACCUUGACUGCUCCAUUCAGUUACCCUCGUCCACACUCAGCUGCGGCAGGUUACUGCGCUCCAAGCAGGAACUCCUCCUCCCGCUACAGCACUGGAUCAAUAUUAUCCCAGAGAAAUACAUCCAUGGACUCUCAUCAGGGCGGGAUGGUCAGUGGCAGGAGGACUUGCUGUGUGUGUGAACGUGCCCUGGGUAGUGGGGCAGCCAUGGUCAUAGAGGCCCUAAGUCUCUGCUUCCACCUCGCCUGUUUCCAGUGUGUGGGCUGCCAUCGACGUCUCGGAGGAACUGAGACUGGAGUCCAGGUUCAAAUCCGAAAAAGGAAGCCCUACUGUGAGCCCUGCUAUUUCCAACUCAAGUCCUCUGGUGCCCCCCCCAUGUGACCAACAUGCCGUACUCCAGAUUACAGAGUAAGCAGCUGAAUCACGGGGACUUCCUGUUGGAUAAAACUAUAAAAACACAGUGGAAACAUCAUCCACACAGCCAAGCCAUGACUGUUGCGUCCUACAGUAGUUGUUGGUAAAACUGUUAACUCUAUGAUUUGAUUAAAAAUUUUGACAAUUUGUAGAUCUAUAGGUAACGUAGACUCUUGAUGGCUUUUUUUUUUUUAAUCAAAUAUGAGUUUAUCGGUCCUUUUUUUCCUGCUGAUUUGUUUCCAAGAAAAUUUCAAUUUAAUAUAUGAAAUAAAUGAUGAGAAUUAUUGGUGCUUUUAUCUUAAUUUUGGUGUUGCUCUUUGUUUCAUAUUUCUUGUCAAUGAAACUGAAUUAUGGAGACACAUGUUAACUUGUACUGAAGCACUUUUCUGUUCUGUUGUAAUCUCACCAAGUGCACUUUGGGAGAAAUCAUGUGAAAAUGGGCAUCUUAACUGAAAUGUUUUUUCAAAAUAAAGUGCACUGAACAUAAUCGGAAGGGUUUUAUUUGUUAUUCAUGUUUAUACCACACGGUGGCAUCAUUGGUCUCAUAGUAAAAGAGAAAUUUAAAUGUAAGACUGGAGGUAGAAAUUACAUUAUUUGAAUAUGCCCAAAUUAUUUGAGCAGUGACGCCUUGUUAAAUCCUUUGUGUACAAAAUGACUUGUAUUUUUGUUUCAGUGUCAAAAUAUCAAAAAUACAAGUGCUUGUCAGUGUGUACUUGUGUAACUUCAGCGGAUUCCAAUGGCAUCUAGUUAUAGGGAAUCCAUUUACUAUGCAAGAAUUAACCGCCACUACGAAGAUGCAGCACAUUCUACAUGAGAUGCUUUAUGCUGUGAAAGACUACAACUUUUAGUUAAUCUUCUAGUCUGUUGUGUAAUGCAACAUUUCAUAUGUGUAUCAACAUUUCUUGGAACUAAAAUUGGACUAAAUGCUGUGCUUGUUUGCUCUUGUGUAGUAAGGUAUGUGGGUAAUGAACUGUAAGUCCACCCGUGAAGUUAAUCAGUAUGUAUGUAUUUUGGUAUUCUGGUUUAUCUGGUAAGUUUAAAAAAUACACCUCAAAUUGAAAUGUAGGUAUUUAAUUCUGUUAUGAUUUCUUAUCUGUGCCAGUGAACCCCAGCACCAAUAAAUUUCUUUGUUGAAA